AUGCGUUCUAUUGUUCUGGUUGGUAGAAAUCACUUCAACGUAAUUAUUGCUCAUACCGCGCAGGAUUCUAAUGCGAAAGAGCCGCUCCUAGGCCAUGUGCGUGCUCGAAUGAGAGAAGAUAAGUUUAUUCUCUCCGCCAGGGCUUUUCUGUCACUGCUUGCUGUUGCGGAAGCCGAGGACCUAGACUACGCCGAGCAAAAGCUCUUACCACGCGAGCUAACUUUCCAUCGUGGCGAACCCGCUACACCUGCUCGUGCAACGCCUCAAGCUGCCCCGGACGAGCGCUCAUCCCCUGAAGGUGCUCAACUGUCUGGAGUUCUCUUCACUGUGGGCGAGCAGAGCUCUAGUGCUAAUACGGAGAUGCUAGACCUUAGUAAAGAUACCACUGUAACGCUAACGAUAGGCUGCUCGCUAUCCUAA